AUGUUUCGCUUUGGUAAAGCCCUUGUUCAGCAUGCCACAUUAAGGGCUCCUGCUGUUACAGUUCCUCGAUUAUACCAACCUGCCAAAGCAACCAGCAUUGAUUCUUUAUCUUCUGCUCUUCCUUCUAGUCAGUUCAAGACCAAGAAACCAACGACACCCGGUAAGCGUUGGUUGAAACGAGUACCCCGUGAUCAUCUCUACAAGGGUAAAGCUGUUCGAGCCUUGACCGUCGCCAAACGAAGCACAGGUGGUCGUAACAACACAGGUCGUAUCACGAUCCGUCACCGAGGUGGAGGUCAUAAACGACGUAUUCGUAUUCUAGAUUGGCACCGUCAAGAAACUGGCACACAGACAGUCGUUCGAUUAGAAUAUGACCCCGGACGUACAGCCUGGAUUGCUUUGUUAAGACACGACAAGUCUGGAAAAUUGAGCUAUAUUGUAGCUCCUCAUGGAUUGAAAGCAGGCGAUCAAGUAACAUCAUAUCGAGCCAUAAAGGAUCAAGAGGGAGAUAUUACACGUACGGUAGCUAUUGAUGUAGGUAACUGUAUGCCCCUCAAGAUGGUCCCUGUUGGUACAAUCGUUCACAACAUUGGUUUAAAGCGAGAUGGUCCUGGUGUGAUGGCAAGAGCAGCAGGCACCUAUGCUCAAUUGAUUCAAACAGGAGAGAAGGGAUACGCACAGGUUCGUUUGUCGAGUGGAGAAGUUCGUUUGGUGCCUGUCGAUGCUUGUGCUACCAUUGGCUCUGUCAGUAAUCCAGAUCAUCAACACGAAAUGAUGGGUAAAGCAGGAAGAUUAAGAUGGAUGGGUAUUCGACCUACUGUCCGUGGUACAGCCAUGAACUCGGUUGACCAUCCUCAUGGUGGUGGUAGAGGUAAAUCAAAGGGUAAUAAGGAUCCUAGAUCACCUUGGGGUGUAUUGGCAAAGGGUGGCAAGACAAGAAAGACACCCAAUCCAUUUGUUGUUAAACCAAGACCAAGACGUUAA